AACCCAAAGGGCCCCUAUGUCUUGAAACAUAAGCAUACACACACAUAAACCAACGCAACACCCUAUCCAUCUUUACAAAUCAUUUCGCUAUUUACAAACAUUCACCGUGCGACGUCGUCCUCGAUCUUCUUCGCUAAUCACAUGUGCCAGAUACUCAUUUGUAAGACGUAUUAACGUAAUUGAUUGCGAUUGCAUUAGAGGAGUGGUGACACUAUCUGAAUUCUGAUCAUACCAUUAGGCUUAAGUACCAUUAUUCAUUUCUGGAUAUGGAAUACAAUGUAGAGCUUAAAAAGAGCUUAAGUCAACACGCGAAUUGUGAUCAAAUACCUUGUCAGAGUGGCACAAACAAGGAUGAUGAGCUCGUGAAGCACAUGUCUAAUUUACCUGCAUAUCUUCAACAAAUGGAGAGAGGAGAGACUGUUCAGGAGAAACCCCUCAAUUUUGGCGUUCUUGAUUGGAAUCGUCUCGAAAAAUGGAAGUAUAAUGAGAAACCUGUUCGUGCUAGAGCUACAAAGAAAGUAUCAUCAAAUAAUUCUCCGUCUGUAAUAUCUGGUACCGCGAAGAAACAGACUAAUGCUGGUCAGAGGAGGCAAGUGUCUCCGCAAAAUUGGCGUCCCAAUUCGGCCUUUGAAGAGGGGCAAGGGGUUGGGGCUCGAAGGAGUGUUACAAAACCUCGAGGUCAUGAAACUAGUUCAAGGAGCUCGUUAGAUAUGAUACAAAAACUCCAGCCUUGUGAAAAAUUUCCUGGCACUAAGUAUUCUGAGGUAUCGCUUGAGGCGAGGAAGUUGAUAGAAUCAGUGUGCAAUGCGGUGUCAGAAAGAGUUGCCCAAUCGUCAAGCUCAGGGGAAGAUCAAUUGGCAGGUUUUCUGAUAGAUGAAGAUACCGAAAUUAAUUCUGUGAAGGAGGAAUUUGACUUGGCUACGCAAGCUUCUGGCAAUGCAAACAUUGUUCUGAUUUUACCAAAGAGCGUUUCCAGUAGGACUUUCUCGGAGGAUAUGAAGCUUUCAAAAUCCAGAAAUUUUUAUGAUGGAAAUCUGGCAGUAGCUGUCGGAAGGCGAUUUUCAAGCUCUUCUUCCCCUAAUAAAGUCCACUCGGGGGAAACCUAUUCUGAAGUGCCACACUCUUGUCCCCUCCUCACUAGUGAUGCAACCAAGGUUGAUUCUGAUGCGGAGCAAAAAGACUUUGUCAAACCUCAGGGAAUAGAACAAUACGAUGAAUCUCAUACACAUCAAAGGCUGACAAAGAUAACAAUCCCAAAGUCGGACAUUGAGCCUUUAAUUACCGUGACUCCCAAGAGAUCAGUACAAAGCCUUGCUGCAGGACCUGCUGCAAAAGGAAGACAGUCAUCACCUCGUCAACGGUUUAGCUUUAGCAGCAUUGGAAGGAUGACUAAAAGUUUCAGUUUUAAGGAGGGACUUGCUGUACCACAGUUAAAUUCCACAUAUACGACGGUGAAGUCUGGACCUGUGGGAUCAUUAGCUUUUGCUGAUCCCGAUAAAUUUAACCAAAACAAUGGAAGUACUGGAAACCGAUCAAGGUCCAGCCCUUUAAGAAGGUUGCUUGACCCAUUGAUUAAGCCCAAAGGAGUACAUUCUGCGGAGUUUGUUAAGCCAGCAAAAAUAGAUUUGGAUCCUCUUAAAGCUAAUUCCAUGGACACAACUGAAUUGCUUCAUUGUCAGACUGGUAAGACAUCAUGCGUGCAGGCUCUUUUGGAGCUGACACUAAAGAAUGGACUCCCUCUUUUCAAAUUAGUGGUUAAUAAUAGCAGCGAUAUAUUUGCUGCUGCUGUUAAAAAGUUGCCAACACCAGAAGAGGAUGUUCCUAGCUUGAUCUACGCACUCUACUCAGUUCAUGAAAUAAAAAAGAAAAGUGGAAACUGGAUGAGUCAAGGGUCAAAAGGAAUUAGCUCGCAUCUGAGUUAUAAUGUUAUUGGCCAGAUAAAUGUUGCUAGAUCUCGCCUCCCUGGUAUUGGUUGUCAGAACACAAAUGACAAAUGCACAGUAAGAGAGUCCAUUUUGUAUGGUGUUGAUAUAGAACAGGAAAAUACAGAAACUCCAAAAUUUAUUCCAGGCAAAGAGCUUGCAGCCGUUGUCAUAGAUAAUACAAACGAUACGAGUGAUGGAGAACAAAGUGAAAAAAGCAGUCAUUGUCAAAGUAACAACUUUGACGGAGAAGUCAGGGGGUACUCCAACAGCACUACAGUCAUUCUUCCUGGUGGUGUCCAUGGUUUGCCUAACAGAGGAGCCCCCUCUUUACUGAUGAACCGAUGGAGAUCUGGUGGUUCCUGCGACUGUGGAGGAUGGGAUGUUGGUUGUAAACUACAUAUUCUCACCAGCCAGAACCAGACCAGCAAGAAUUUGAGUACUCUUCCUUCCUCUGUUGUAGAAGGUGAAGGUCUCAAUCUAUUUGUUCAGGAUGGACACAAGGACAAUAAGCUAAUUUUCUCCCUGGCACCCUUCACGGGUGGCGUGUACUCUGUUGAUUUCGAUUCCUCAAUUUCCUUGUUACAGGCGUUCUUCAUAGCUGUUGCAUUUCUUAGUAGUCAGAAACUAUCGAACCUUUUUGCAGUAGAGAUGGAAAAGGAGAACCUAGCAGAACCUACAAAUGUUAUGAUAAAGAUCCCAACUCCAAUCCAACAGGAAGCCCCAACAAGAUAUGUAAUAAAUCCACCCCCGUCACCUGCUGGAAGAGUCUAAACAUGCAAUAUAUUGAUCAGCAGUUCAAAGCAACAAUGUGUUCUUCAGCGUAUAUAAUGUAAGAGACCUUUCAAAUUUGGUGCACUAAGAUGCAAAUAUAAAAGUCAAUGUUAAUUUCUAGUUGUGCUUCCAUUGUUAAAAAUUGAAAGAGCUACCGUUGUGCUUAUCCAGUUAUCUAGACACCUGCAGAAAUCAUCAAAUGAACAUGCAGAAAAAGAUACCUGCUGUUUAAGCUCUUGUAGAUAAUGCAUUAAUACUCAAAUGCUGGUUGAUGGCUUUUGCUAAUAAUUUGUGUCGCUUAAUUGUUAAAUGUUCAGAUUAUUUGUCUCA